UGCAUGGGUUGGCGGCGUAGGGAGUGGUAUCGCGGCGUUUCUAAUCAAAGUUUCUUCGAAGAUGUAUGUUCGGUUUUGAUUAUAUUCUUGUGUAGUGUAGUUACUGUGAAUAGUUAAAUUUGGGAUUCCUGCAACAAAAUUUAACAUGAGAACGUUACACGCUUUAAAUGUUCUAGUUGUUUUUUCAUUUGUUCGAUGCCAAGAAGGAUACUACAAUGUUAUUGGUCCGAGAACGAUUCGCCCGAACAGCGAAUAUCACGCAGCCAUCAGUGUCCAUGGGACAACGCAAUCCACAUCGAUUACAGCCACUUUGCAAGGGCAAUCGCUUAGAGGGGCGCCUCUUUUUAUGCAAUAUAAAGAUAUCGUGCAACCUCAAUCCAGCACUAUUUGUCGAUUCGAGGUAGGUGACAUUGAAGAUGGAGACUACAAACUUCACAUAACGGGAUUCGGGGGCACCAACUUCGCGUCAGAUUUUCCGCUCGAAUUUGUCAAGAAAAGUUACUCUGUGUUCAUUCAAACGGAUCGAGCAGUUUACGAGCCUGGUUCCACCGUAAUGUUCAGGGCGAUUAUCUUAAAUCCGGCCCUGAAACCCGCCGCCGAAGUCAGGAACGAACCACUACAUAUUCAAAUAGCGGACGGCAAUGGAAACAAAGUUAAGCAGUGGACGAACGUAGCAGCCCCCAAGGGCGUAUUCUCCGGAGACCUCAAACUGAGUGCAAGUCCAGUUUUGGGACACUGGAAUAUAUCCGUUAUAAUCCACGGCCAAACCUAUAGCAAAUCGAUUGAGGUUGCCGAGUACAUACGGCCAAAGUUCAAAGUAGACGUUGAAGCUCCGAGACAUAUUACGUUCAAAGAAAACAUCCUUAGCGUGAAUAUAAACGCCAAAUACAACUACGGCAAGAAUGUCACGGGAGAGGCAACAGUUACAGUUUACCCGACGAUAUACUCGGGAGUAAUCCAGCCGAUUUUCCAGAACCCGAUCCGCAAGGUUGUGAAAAUCGAUGGUACGAUUUCGGUUGAUUUCAACAUCGAAAACGAUUUAGGUCUCAACGAUGAAUACGAAAGAACUGUCAUCGUUGACGUGACGAUCGAGGAAUUGCCCACGGGCAGAAGGCAAAAUAACAGCGUCGAUGUACACAUACACAAAUACGACUACAAAAUGGAGAUAAUAAAAACGUCCGAUUACUUUAAGCCGGGAUUCAAAUAUGAGGUGUAUAUCAAGGUCUCAAAUCACGACGGAACAGUUAUUAAACCUGAUCAAAGAGAAGUUACAGUGAGACACGGAUUUUCCAGAGCUGACGAAGUAUAUGCGACAAAUAUUCACAAAAUCGAUGACAAUGGUAUUAUCAAGUUGGAAUAUUUGACUCCAAUAAAUGUUACCAACACAACUGCGUUAAGGAUAGAGGCUGGAUAUAAAGACUUGAAGGAACGCAUGUCUCCUGUUCCAGCUGCAGUGUCGUAUUCAGACACGUUUUUGCAGCUAACGCUAGAAACCGAAACACCGAAGACCCUUUCAGAUGUUAACGUAGUGGUCAAUUGUAGCGAACCGCUAAGAUAUAUAAAUUACGUUCUUCUAGCUAGAGGGGACGUACUGUUAACUAACACCUUUCAAAUAGAUAACAAGAAAGUGUUUAGGUUCCAUUUUACGGCCGUUCCCAUUAUGGUUCCGUUAUCUCAUCUAAUCGUCUACUACAUAAAAGAAGAUGGUGAAUUCAUAGGAGAUGUCAUUGAUAUAGAAGUCGACGAUUUAUUUGAAAAUUUUGUCAACGUCGAUGUAAAUACUGACGAAACAGAGCCUGACUUGGACGUUGAGUUGACCAUCAGAGCUCGACAGAAUUCGUAUAUAGGUCUUAUGGCGGUGGACGAGAAUGCCCAUAACAUAAGGGGCGGGUACGACGUUACUCCGAAAGAUGUCGUCACGGAACUAUUGAGGUACGAUAUCGCAGACAGGUCUCCGUAUUUCUCGGUUAUGAAAGACGCCAAGAGCCAUUUUUCCUGGAAACCGGGCGGCAGCAAUCCACAUUCGGGAAUUUUCGAGGCUGGAGCUGACAUCAUCACCAAUGCCCAUAUAAAUCGGCACAAGCCCACGCUGGAGGAUAUUUACUUGCGGCCGGUAUUCUACGGAUCCUCAACCGUCAAACCAGAUCGAGGAGUGGGUUUACCAUUUCACACAGUCACCAGACCGCCUCUAGCCGGUCCCUACGCAUUUAGCAGGAUUCCAAAACCAGUGUGGAACAAACCCAAAGUAUACCUGACCGAAAACGUGGCGCAAACUUGGAUUUUCACCAACUUUUCAUCGGGAUAUGAGGGCAAAACCUCUAUAAGACGAAAGGCACCAUCGACCCUAAACAGUUGGCUUAUUAGUGGCUUUUCUCUUGAUCCGAUAAUGGGAAUCGCGCUAAUGGCACAGCCUAAAAAACUGAAAGUGGCGAAAUCGUUCGUGGUGAGUCUCGAUUUACCCUACUCUGUGCAAAAAGGAGAGAUUUUGGCGGUUCCGGUUGUAAUUUCGAAUUAUAAUGGGCCAGAUUUCACGGCGGAAAUCACGCUACACAACACGGAACAAAACUUCGAGUUUGCCGAAGUCUCGAACGACGUGAAUGCGACGAAGAAAAUAGAAUUGUACAAAAGAAAAAAGGUCAACGUCAAGAAAAACGGCGGUGCAGCUGUAUCGUUCAUGAUUACCACACUCAAAGCUGGAAUGAUCGAAAUCAAGGUUACGGCAAAUAGUCCGAGAAACCAAGGCACAAUUAUCAAGCACCUAAAAGUAGAGGUCGGUGGAGAAACCGAAUAUUAUUCCAAAUCAGUGCUGAUCGACAUGCGACAAUCGAAUCCUUACAAGAAAUCUAUCAACUUCACCGUUCCGAAAAAUGCGAUUGAGGGUUCCGAAAAAAUAGAAGUGUCUGCGGUGGGUGAUUUGCUGGGAUCCUCGAUGAUCCACUUAGAAAAUCUGAUACGAUUAUCCACGGGCUGCGGGGAACAGAAUUUGGUUCACAUUAUGCCGAAUCUGAUCAUUUUGCAAUAUUUGAGAAACAGCCGCCAAUUAAAUCCAACUAUAGAAAACGAGGCCUUGAGCUUUUUGGAAAGGAGCUAUCAACAACAGCUGACUUAUAAACGUAAAGAUGGAUCGUUCAGCGCAUUCGGAGAGAGAGACGAUAACGGCAGUGUGUGGUUAACCGCUUACGUGGUGUUGGCAUUGAAACAAGCUAAGCAAUUUAUAUACGUGGACAAUAAUAUUAUAAACACAGCCCUCGACUGGCUGGUGAAUAUUCAAGGAAACAAUGGAAGUUUUGUAGAAGUAGGAACGGUCAUAUAUGAAGACAUGCAAAGCAGAGACGGAAACAGUUUGAGUUUAACGGCCUUUACGACUUUAGCAUUUCUAGAAAAUCAAAGAAGCUACAGUGAGAACUAUACCAACGUAAUCUACAAAAGUUUAGAUUAUAUAACGAGCAACAUGAACGAAGACGAGUCGUCGUACGCUAUCGCCAUUUGUAAUUACGUUCUCCACGUCGCCAAGCAUACUUCUCGACAAAGUACCUCGAAUUUACUGGAUUCGAGAGCGAAUAGUAAAAACGAUAUGAAAUGGUGGACCAAAGGUCUACCUGGCGACGACGCGAAAAACCCAUGGACAAGACUGCCGAGAUCUAUAGAUAUUGAAAUGACUUCGUACGCACUUUUGGCCCUUAUCGAAGCUAAUUUAGUAGAUGAUGCGGUGCCCGUGUUGAAUUGGUUGAUCAAUCAACAAAAUAAUCUUGGAGGAUUUGCAUCUUCACGUGAUACAGCCACCGGACUGCAAGCUCUCUACAAGAUGGUGUCGAGGCUAACAUUACCCACCAAUUUACAAAUCAAUUUUACUUACAAUAAGGGCAAGUCCAACAAAUUCAACGUAAACACGAACAACGCAAUGAUUCUUCAAUCAACCGAAAUCGAUAAAGAUUCGAGAGAAGUGAAUGUGACAGCAACAGGCAGCGGUUUUGGAAUAUUCAGGGUGUCGUACCAAUAUAACAUGAAUGUUACCGGACCGUGGCCCUUAUUCACUUUGGAUCCCCAGGUUGACAAAAACUCAAACAUAGACCAUCUACAGUUGUCAAUUUGUGUAGCGUUCGUAAGUAGAAAUCUCUCGUACACUCCGCUAAGUAACAUGGCGGUGAUGGAGGUAACGCUACCGUCAGGAUUCACUGCUGAUAGGGAUUCGCUGCCAAGUUUAGAGGUUUCUCAGAACGUCCAAAAAGUGGAAACGAGUCACGGGGAUACUAAAGUGAUCCUAUAUUUUAACAAUCUGACGGUAAUCGAGUACUGUCCAACCGUGUCAGCUUACCGAACGCACAAAGUUGCAAAGCAAAAACCCGUAUCAGCAGUGGUUUAUGAUUAUUACGAUACGUCACGGAGAGCGAGAAUAUUCUACUGGGGUCCGAGGGCCACUUUGUGUGAUAUAUGCGAGCAAGAGCAUUGCGGAGACAUUUGUUCUGCAAUGGCCAAUCGGCAGAGAAGUUCGAACGGAAGCAACAGUAGUGAUAACGACAACGAUGGAUCCACGGGGCUCGAAAUAGGGAUAGGCCUAUUAAUUGUCAUGUGUCUAACUGUAAUAACUUUUCGGUAGAAUUUUACCGCAAUUUGUAUUUGUAUACAAUUUGUACGUUGUAUACUCAGUAACGAAGGAUUUCCAUCUCAAUCAACAGCAUACUAGCAAACUGAAAACAUCAUUCCAUGCUUUUUGUGAUGCAUUGAGGUUUCUAUAAAUACAGACUUUAUAGUCAAAGGUCCUAAUUCUACCCUACCAAAUAUAAUUAAAUUUGCAAGAAACGGAUGUUUAAAAUAUAAAAAAAAUUGUCAGAGUGUAAAUUGCAAAUACUAUAAAUUCCUAAUUUAUUAGAAGUCUGCACCAACGCCAUUUUAAUAACUACCCUCAGAAUAUUCAGAAUAUAUAAACUUCAGUCAGUUAUACAAUAUAACUUCAAUAACAAGAUCAGAUUGGGACAAUCAUUGGAAGAAAAGUCAUUACACUGGCAACAAUAAUCAUAAUUAAACCGAAAUAACAAAUACUGUGAUUUAAUCAAAUUAAGAUAUGUAUUAUAGCUUAUGUCAAAUUUGUAUCUACUUAAUAGCAAAAUAUUUAAAUUUUAUAUACCUAUUUAACUGAGAAAUGCGAUUCAUUUCAUUAUGUCUAAUCGAUAAUGUCUAACACAAUUAAGUAAAUAUAUAGUUUCUCAAAUCCUACCUUUUUGUUAUUUUCACAGAUUCGAAAUUCCUCAGUAAACUUGAAAACCCGCGUUGGCAUUGAUCAGUAACAAUGGCAAACAAUAAAAGAAAGGCCUAGUGUAACCACAACUUUUAACAUAGAAGUUAAGGAGUGAUAGAGAUGCCAACAAUUUUGUGAUCAGUGCGUUAUUUACGCUCAUUUAUGAAAAUCCGUUGGGCAAAGUGACAUUAGGGUUAUUCACAUGUAUAUUUUAUUUGGACGUCUAUGGUCAUUCGCAUUGGGUAAAAAGUUUCUCGUUUAGACAAAUACUGAAGACUACCAUUAUUUUUCUGUUAAACCAAUCAACGGAAAUAAUAUACGUAUUAACGAAAUAAAUUUUAUGAACCAUUUAGGCACGAGCGGACCGCAGCUUGAGUUUAAUAAACGAAUGUCUAAAGUUUAAUAAACAUGUUGUCAAUAGUACAUAUAUACUUUUCUACUGAAAACAUCAUGUAAGUAGGUAGUAAUCUGCCGAGCUCAGUUUGACUUAAUAAACACUGAAUAUACUC